UGGAGUGAAUCCAGUCUCCUCAGAGGCUGGCCAACGAGGCAGAAGAGGCAGCCCCUUCUUUUCUGUUGCAGCUCCUGCCGCCACUGCUGGUGUUACACUUCUGGAGGCGAUGCAGGAGACGCGGUGAAGCCUUAAAGGAGGAGAGGAGCAGAAAGACACCUCCUGAUGGGGAGCUGCUGAUUGACAGAGAGAAAUGAGAAAGGGAGAGCGCAGAAACAGCCCAUGGUGAAGGAGCCAAAGAGGAGGAGGAGGUGGUGAGACAAGCGAUUAGCGGCAGAGAAGAAUAGGUGGUGGUAAAGUCUGGCUGGAGACCCUCUGUCUACAGGCGCCUAUAGAGAUCGAUCUGCAUUCAGCUCUUAAACAACAUGACUUGGCUGGUACUUUCCGUCCUGCUCCUGCUUGGAUGCCAAAACAGUCUUGGUCAGCAGACUUCGGAAGCUCAGAAAGACGCGGGCUCCAAUGAAGACAGCAUGGUAUUCACACGGAUCCUGGAUGGCCUUCUGGACGGUUACGACAACAGGCUGCGCCCGGGACUCGGAGAGAAUGUAACAGAGAUCAAGACAAACAUCUUUGUGACCAGCUUCGGCCCCGUGUCCGACACAGAGAUGGAAUACACUAUAGAUGUGUUCUUUCGACAAAGCUGGAAGGAUGAGCGCCUCUGCUUCAAAGGGCCCAUGGAGAUGCUGCCUUUAAACAACCUCCUGGCCAGCAACAUCUGGACUCCUGAUACCUUUUUUCUCAACGGCAAGAAGUCCAUUGCGCAUAACAUGACCACACCCAACAAGCUGCUGAGGCUAAAGGACGACGGAACCCUGCUUUACACAAUGAGGUUGACCAUCUCAGCAGAAUGCCCCAUGCAGUUGGAGGACUUCCCCAUGGAUGCCCACGCCUGUCCACUCAAGUUUGGCAGCUAUGCCUACCCAGUAUCAGAGGUAGUCUACACAUGGACCCAAGGAGCUGCCAAGUCUGUUGUGGUGGCAGAAGAUGGUUCCAGGCUCAACCAAUACCAUCUAGUUGGACAAACGGCUGACACAGAGGACAUACACACCAGCAGAGGACAGUAUACUGUGAUGAUGGCACACUUCUACCUGAAGAGGAAAAUCGGAUAUUUCGUCAUCCAGACGUACAUGCCAUGUUUCAUGACUGUAAUUUUGUCCCAAGUGUCGUUUUGGCUUAACAGAGAGUCUGUUCCUGCACGGACUGUCUUCGGUGUGACUACGGUGUUGACGAUGACCACACUCAGCAUCAGUGCCAGAAACUCACUUCCCAAAGUAGCCUACGCCACAGCCAUGGACUGGUUCAUUGCUGUCUGCUAUGCUUUUGUCUUUUCUGCUCUUAUUGAGUUUGCCACUGUGAACUACUUCACCAAGAGGAGCUGGGCCUGGGAUGGCAAGAAAGCUCUAGAAGCACAGCACCCUAAGAAAAGAGACCCGAUGGUUCUCUCUAAAAAGGCCAACAAUGUCUGCUCGGCUGGCGUCAACUACACCCCCAACCUCACCAAAGACGUGUCCAUCUCCACCAUCUCCAACACAACGUCAGUGCAACUGCGAGGCUCAGAAAGCAAACUGGUGGACCCCAAGAAGACGUACAACAGUGUCAGCAAGAUCGACAAGAUGUCACGGAUAGUGUUUCCUGUCCUCUUCGGAACCUUCAACCUCGUCUACUGGGCCACAUACCUGAACAGAGAACCAAUGGUGAAAGGAGUCGUAGCCUCAACAUAAUCCUCCCCUGUUUUUUGUGUGGUUUAUUUCUUUCUAAAACUAGAUUUGUGUAAAAGAUGAAGGGGUUCAGACGAAACGAUCACUGCUUUAGAAAAAAAAAUUGAAAAAACCAAACACCUGCGCUUGAGGAACAAACUAUAUUCAUCUAUCUGAUUCAGGCACUUUGAAUGGAUGAAAAGCUUCAGCAGAUUAUCUUUCAUUUUCUUGUGGCCUAAAAAACAUGCUUGAUAAUGAAGAAACUCCUUCUAAGAAACAGGAGAGCAACUGCUUUUCUUCUUUUGUGUCUAUCCUGCUGCAUUUUGCGUGACGUUCUCUUCAAAAGGAAACAGCGGACUCCUUUGUAUUAAAUAACAACUAUCACUGCUUAAAUUUUAACUACUACCUACAGUAGUUUGAGUUAAAAAGUUCAUUUUAAUAGGUUGCAAGGUUGCAAAGAUAUUAAUUUAACUUUUUAUUGCCAUCUACAUGCUGUUACUUUGCUGUUUUAAAAGUGAGAAAAACACAAUUUAAACCAAAAAGUGAAAAAUAAGAAUAUUUGACAUUUAUAUAAAGUAAAGCAGCACUUAGACCUAAAAUAUUCAGACAUAUUUGGCCAACAAGCUGAAAAAAUAGCAUUGAGUGACAUGUCAGCACAUUUGAGGACAGAUAUAUGAUUCAAAUGAAUUUUAAGACUUGGUUACUCAUCCAUGAAACUAAUAUAUACAGCUGAGAAGCCAGAUACCUGAAAGCAGCAUGUCCCAUACAAAUCAGCAGAGUGAUGUGGAGAGUUUGAAGACUGUAAUACUGUGAAGUGACCUGGAUUCAAGAUGGCUUUUAAGCAUCCUUGAGCUUAACACUGUAGCACAAAAGCUCCAGGAGCUGGUUUUAUCAUCAAUUUAACAACAUCUAAAAAUACCACAGCCAACUCUUUAUCACAAAAAAAA